AUGGCCGCUGUCGCGGUCGAAAGAGCGGAUAAAGUGAGGACGUUACACUGGUGCCGAGACUCGACAGUCCAAGUCGAUUCUGCCACAGUGAGUGUUCUGGAGCUGCAGAACCGGAAGCAAGAACAUACCGAGGAAGCUGAGACCGCUAAAGAUGGCACCGGCAGCACGGUUGCUUGGGGUACCCGAGUAGUAGCCGAUGGCGUACGGAAUGCGAGAGACGACCCAAGUAGCCGAGACGAUGGCGGUAAGCUUGGGAAAGAAGAGACCGUUGAAGAGGGUCAAGAAGGCGAAGCCGGUGAGGUUUUCGAGCGUGUUCUGGUGUACACGUUGGGCGCAGCUGAUCGAGUCAUAGAAAGAGCAAGCCCUGUCGGCGUAGAGGUAGGGGUAGGGGACCUGAGCAGCUUUGCGCGCGCUGCCGACCUUGACACCCAUGAGGAAGGUGACCCAGAUGGCCGAGACGACGCACGAGACUACAUAGCCGUAUCCUACGGGCAAGAAGAGACCCUGUACGGUGGUGGACUUGGGAGCGAGAAAGUGGUAGAACGCCGGGAUGGAGGCGCGAAAUCGCUGCCGAUGCAGACAAUUUGUUUCCGAAAACACGUGGAGUGCGUCGAUCUGUUGAUAGGGUUCAAUCAGAAGAUCGUGGUCCGUGCUUCCAGCGUCUUUCGUCUUGUUCCUCCUUGGCUUCGACGUCGAAGCAGAGAUUACGACCGUUCAGACGAAUCGCAGAGCUUGGAACAGAUCAGAGCUCUCUUGAGCAUCCACGGCUGCAAUUUGCGUACGUACUGGCGUACAGUGUACGACGGGGUUGUGCGAAAAGGCAAGCAAGCGGCAAGGGUUGUGGACCCUGCAUCAGUACCGAUAAAUUCCAAGCUUCGUGUGCGCGUUGGCUCGUGUGAUUGCGGGGCAGCGCCUCUUGUGCUUUGCUACCAUUCCAACCAGCGCCACGCUGCAGAUCGACUUCCAGCAUACACACGCUCUGCCUUCUACCAGCACCCGUCCAUUCUGACUACAUGCGUCGUUCGACACGCUCGAUCCUACCGGUAG